CCAAACGGAACCCCGUCUACUGCUAUUUAUGUCAUCACAUGAUAUUUUUCUCAGCACGAAGCGGAGCUAGAAUUUGGAAAGUUUUGCCUGGGUGUUCCCGCAAAAUUCAAGUAUCCUCGGACCACCAUGGAGUGGACAGCUACCAUUCUGGCAUUGCUUAGCCUGGCAUCCAUCAUGUUAUGUCAGGCAAGUCAAGCCACUAAUCCAGAUCUCAUCAAGUCCAUGCCUGGAUUGCUGAAGCAGCCAAGUUUUGAAAUGUAUUCAGGCUAUCUGGAUGGGACCGGCGCCAAUAAAUUGCACUAUUGGUACAUUCAAUCACAGCAUGCAGUGACGGAUCCACUCAUCAUCUGGCUGAGCAGCGGACCAGGCUGUAGCGCCCUCUAUAGUGGCCUGACCAGCAACGGUCCGUUCAGGGUUCAGUCAGAUGGCGUCCACCUGGAUAACAACCCCAGCAGUUGGAAUCUGAAUGCCAACUUGCUGUACAUUGAUGCUCCGGUUGGGACGGGCUUCUCCUACUCUGCAAAUGACUUAUAUGCAUCAAAUGACACUGCGGUGACUGAGGAUCACUAUCAGGCUCUGCUGUCUUUCUUCACUAAGUAUCCCAACAGCACACUGAACAACAUCUACCUAGCCGGGGAUGGGUAUAGCGGUGUCUAUGUGCCUCUCCUACUGGCCAAGCUGGAUAGUGUCUCACAGAAACUACCACUGCAGUUUGGGGGCUUUGCUGUUGGUAAUCCACACACCAGUCAAGUCUUGCAAGACAAUUCACUGAUCGGUUUUGCAUAUCACCAUGGCAUCAUUGGGGAACAGCUGUGGGCUGAGCUCAACAUAUCUUGCUGUUCUCAAGGGAAGUGUAAUUUCCACAACAACACCAAUAAGGAGUGUGUUAGUGCGGUAAACCAAACAGUUAACGAUGUAAUCAACAUUGGCAUCAAUCCAUUCAAAGUCAACGGUGACUGCGCCGGCGGGGUACCAGUGGCUGCAGGAAUGAUGGGUAAAAAUGGCUUCUACCAUUAUGCACCAGGGGUGCAGCACAUAUUCGCCAACAACGAUUUUGCGCAGGAGCAACAGAAGAGUAUUAAAGGGAUUCCUUCGUGGAAACUCAAAGCAGAUCUGACUUGCGUUGAUACUACCCCCGUGACUACCUACUUGAAUAAUGCCUUAGUCCGUUCAGCUCUGCAUAUAGUUGACCAGUCACCCAAGUGGGAAGUAUGCAAUGCCACUGUGUAUCAGCUAUACACCCAGCAGUAUCCCGACAUGUCCAGUGUAUACACGGAUCUUCUCAACACAUUUAAAUAUCGUCUGCUAGUCUACAGCGGUGACCAGGACGCUACACAUAACUUCCUGGGCAAUGAGUGGUUCGUGACUGGUCUAGGCCGGCAGGCGGAGGUCCAGUGGCGUCCCUGGCUGUUCAAGAACGCUCUAGGUCAAGACCAGGUAGCGGGGUUUGUCAAGGAAUACGAUAACAUCGCCUACCUAUCCAUCAAGAACGCGGGUUUCUGGGCACCACAGGACCAGCCUCUCGCAACCAGCCUACUCAUCUAUAACUUCAUCUACAAGAGGCCUUACUAAGACAUCAACAACGCAGGAUUGAGGAAGGUAGAACCCAGCUACAGCAUUACGUAUGUCUUGAUGACUCUUGAAAGUUUCAUUCAAAAGUUUGUGCCAUUGGAUUCUUGCAUAGUGGUGAAUUUAGGAGUCGGCAAGGUUCCUAGCAAAACGCCAAGGACAAAUACAUGUAAAAAAAAACCUCCGAGUGCAAUAGCACCGUCUUUCUUACUUAAUCUGCCAAUAAAAAAAUGAUAUUCCAAAAACAUUAAUUGAUUUUGGCAACAAUUCCUUAUUAGACAAUUGAGUUGUGCAUGAGGUAAUGUAAUUACUAUAACUGACGUAUUAUUAGCAUUGAAUGCCGAGACUGCCUUCAAACUUUCCUUCUGGUUCGGAGUCGAACCCCCACCCUCCUGCUUACUGGUGCAGUUGUCUUACCCACAGGACCACCAAUAGAUUUACCGGGUGGGAUAUAUUUUUGGGUGUAGGGAUAUAUUUUGGUGUAGGGAUAUAUUUUGGUGCAUGUUGUUUUUAUAUUGUCAUUCAAUAUUUUGUGGUAAUUUUAAAUAAUAUGUUUUUGAUAGGUGGAUUAUAGUAUGAAAAUCAUACAAGGGAAUUAUAGUGUGUAUAUAUUGUGAAUGUUUGGUUUAUAACCAAUAAAGUAAGUCUGUAGGAACUCAUUUUUGUUUUUAUUUCGGCGCAGCUGAAAUUUGAAAGUGUAUUGAUACUUGUGUAUUCAUGUAAGAGUCUAGCAUAUACGUCUAGAACUGUUUAUUUUAUUUUAUUUCAGACAACACAUGUUCAACUGAAGAAAACAGACUUUGCACCAACAGUUUGAUCUUUCAAUUUUUUAUUGACUUAAGAAGUUCCACAUAAAAGCAAUAGUAGAAACUGUUUGCACCCGUAAA